AUGAUUCUUUUUCUGGCUGAUGCAAUAUUUUUCUUCACUAGCGAGGAUAAAAACAAUAAAAAAUUUGACAACUGUCUGUUCAUGCUCUCAUUUCAUGUGUUCUCGGUUUUCUAUGGAUUGAUAUUCGCUCUGGUUCAACCUGAAAAUAGACGAGUUUUCGGUGCUUGUGGAAUUUUGGCGUCUGUCCAACUGGUCCUCUCAACCGCCUACUAUUUCUAUAUAUUUCUCUCCACCGACCCCAACGACACUCAACAAUUGUUAUACUACACCAAUCGUCUCGCGCCAAUUUCCAUCAUUUAUAUGACGGUUUUGUCAGUGAUCUCGGUUUUAGUGAUGUGCAAGAUGAGCUUCUUCCGUCCAUACACAAAAUUGAUCACGGAUUUGUACGAGGUUGAGGAGAGGAAUGGGAAGAAAGCAGUUUGA